AUGUCUACCCCCAAAGAUUCCGAUGCCCAGAAGAUGGGCGAGCUCGCCGCUCCCAGCACUCCUGGUAACUUUCCAGACCUGCAGGAUGCUUCGCUGUCUCGGGUCUCUGAGGAUCAGCAGGCUCUCAUGCGCAUCCAGGACGCUUGGAACGAGCAUGGAGAUACCUGGAGCAGCGAGAUGAAGGAGAAGAUCCUUCACCAUCUCCCCGAUGUUCAAACUACCGAGAUCAACAAGGACACCCCCAGCAAGCACAAGCUCUACGCCGUCGAGUUCGACUUUGCCAGCUGGGUGCUCCUCCGAUGCAUCUACCCCGACCAGGCACUUCCUAUCCUCAAGGCUCUGAUUGUCGCGAAGCAUCCUGAUAUCCAGCCGGACAGUUUUGCUGGACCGGAUCUCGCCAAGAUGCGAAAGCCGGCCAAGAAGAGUUGUCAACAGAAAAAGGACGCAGUUGCUGCUUCGCACAACACCGGAUUGUCUGAAGCUCAGCUGGCAUUCGAUGAGAAGCGUCGUGCCGCUGGACCACGUCGAUGCGAGCCAUCGCGCGGCCCUUACCCACGACUUCCUAUGCAUUACGUAUACGACGUCAUAUUCUUCAUCCGCAAGACCAAGGCUCAGAUCCAAGAAGCUAUCUUCCUGAUCAAAAAGUCGCUCAAGUCGAAGCUCAGCAAGGUGAUCAACAAGUACAAGUACAUCAACCUCAAGAACCCCAAGGGGAUGGCUGGAGGUCAUGCUGCGUCCGAGAAGACUCCCAUGAUGGACGUCAAGUUCCUAGAGAGCUUGGAAUCGGGUUCUCUCGUUAACGACUCGGCCCCAGGUCUCUCGGGUAAGCAGUCUCAGGAGCUCAAGGACUAUACCGGCAAGAUGGCCGUUGCUGAUCAUCUGCUUGUUAACGAGAUGCACGGCAUCUCCGUUGUGACUGGUAGGAAGAUCAAGUUCAUGAUGGCUGAUAUCAAGAGUGAUUUGGCCAAGGCCAAAAAGCAGCAGAAGGCUCUUGAAUCGGAGGUUGCUGAGCUACAUGCGAUGAUCAAAGCUCUCCGCCGGGAGAGCAAGGUCCUGCACGAGCUGAAGGCAAAGACCACCAGCCUUGAUAAGUGA